AUGGCGGCGCUGGCCAGUUUGGAAGCAUCAGUAAGAAUUCUUGAGAAAAAAAAUUUUAAUUUAAAUGUUAGUAUGGCAAGGCGCAAAAAGGGACUAGACAAAUUCAUGGAGUAUCCUCUGGCAUCUCUGAGCCAAUGGUAUUGCUUGGCUCCUGAAAAUAGGUAUCCUAUCCAACUCUUAGACUGUGUCACUGCUGCCAUAUAUUUUAUGAAGACUGCUGAAGACUAUGGUAUGGAUCCAGCUCAUGUUGUCAUUGGUGGAGACAGUGCUGGAGGCAAUCUUGCUGCUACUGCUUGCCAAGCAUUAGCACAUAGAAGAGAUAUUUCUAAGUUGCGAGCUCAGGGCUUGAUCUAUCCAGGUCUCCAAGGACUGGACUUGAACUUGCCAUCGUAUCAGCAGAACCAGUCAGUCCCUUUUUUAUUCCAGGAAACGGUUGCCAUGCUUGGUUUGCGGGGUUUUGGAUACAGCAUGUCAUUCAAGGACUGUCUCCUGGAAGGACCUCAUGUACCCAUGGAUAUGAAACUGAAAUAUAGGAAAUGGAUACACGCAGACAAUAUUCCUAAAGAAUUUAAAGUCAGAGGCCACACACCAAAGUCGCCUUCUUCAUUCUCAUUGGAAAGCUAUGGAAUAACUAGGACACUUUUAAGCCCAGCUUUUUCCCCACUUACAGCUGAUGAAGGUACCAUUUGCCUGCUCCCUAAGCCUUGUAUUAUAACCUGUGAAUACGAUGUUUUUCGGGAUGAUGGGCUCUUGUACAAGAAACGUUUAGAAGACAAUGGUAUUAAAGUGACCUGGUAUCACAUCGAGAAUGGAUCCACGGAAGUAUACGGUUUUUUUGGUUAUCGCCUUUUUUCAUUUCCAUCAGGGGAAAAAGUAUUGAACCACACCAUACAUUUUAUAAAAGAUUUAUAA